AUGGAUGAAAAUCCAUGGUCACAAAAUGAAGAUAUAACAGUUCGUUAUUAUGCUGAAGGUAUAGCACUUGCUGAUACAUGGAAAGUCAUGGAAAAAUUAGUUGAUUUAAAAUUGGUACAUUCAAUUGGUCUAUCGAAUUUUAAACCAUCAGAAAGCAAUGAAAUUCUUCUAAUAGAUCAUAUUUUUUCACGUGGUAUUGAUUUACGAUUAACACCACAGAUUGUAUAA